AUGCCCAACGCCAAGCGCCUCAAGGGCAGUGGUGCAGCCAAAGCUGGCAAGACCCGCGAGCCCGCCGUCCAUGUCCAGGACGAACGUCCAACUCCCGCUGAAGUCGAAGAGGAGGAGCACUCGUUUGUUCAGCUGGCGAGAAACCACUGGUUAAAGCCUGGGAAAAGGACCGCAAAGUCCAGGGUCAAGAACGACGUUCUGAAGCAGGGCAUCUGGCAUGUUCUGGAACAAGAUGGCUUCCAAUACAAGUCGCUUCUCCUCUUGGAGAGCCUGCAAACCCUGGAGAGCUAUCUCUGGCCGGGAUAUACCGACGAAGCGUCGAAUUUUCAUGUCCUCUUGAUUGUACUAAUAGCAAACGUGAAACGGCGCGAACACUUGGAGACAUGGGCCUUGUUUGAAGAUCGACCCGAGGAUUUCUCGUCCAUGUUCCGCCGAGCCCUGUCGCUGUUGCUCGACCGCACCCUCUCCAUUUCCAUACGAACCCAUCUUGUUUGUUUUUUGAUUUACGCGUUCCAGAGUCUAGAUUGCUCUAUUGUCAGAAAGGAAUGUGCACCGCUGGUGUCAAUAGGAAUCUGGCAGAACUUGUCUAGCGAAAAGCAACGGGAGACUUUACUGGACCAAAACGCUCAUUUGCGAAAGGCUUGGAGGGCAUCCCAGAAGCGGUAUGACGCGGGCGAUGACGAUACCAAGGCUCGGCUUCGCUUCGAAAGAUCCUGGCUCUACUCGCUGCUUCUGGACUUUUUGGGUCUCUUGUAUGACGAUACCACUGCCAAGUCAGGUAUGCAAUCCUACUCGGGUUCCCUCCAGUCCUUCACCCAUUUUGCACACGUUGACGGACCCGCUCCUCCAGAUCAAGCUUUGUAUUGCGAGAGGUUCACCGAGUUCAUCUCCGAUCUUCAAAGCCAGCUGCCUACAAGGCGCUAUCUUAAUACGCUACUCCAAGACUUGCAUGUCUUACCUCUUAUGAAACUCUCACCGACAUACAAUAACGAGAACAACUCUCUGCUGCGAGACUUACACGCUCUGCUCUCGCACUAUACCCACUUCACCAUAGACGACCAGACUGGAAUCCAAUUGACCAUGACGGAAGCAUACGACAAGCACUGUCUAGCCCUUGGGAAGCUGCAGCGGGUCGCUCUGACGCACUUUAAAGACAAACUCAUGGUUUUGGCCCUCUCGAAUUAUGGAGGCAUAGACAAGAGAGAUGAGCUUGAGGGUCUCCUUGAACCCUUGACGGAUGAGGAACUCACCCAGCUCUUCACACUUCUCGAUAUGCGAUCUACAUACCCGGAGUCUCUUGCACUGCCAGUCGAUCGCAGGGUGCUUACUGAAAUCAUGCUGAGUAAAUUCGAGCGGAAGAAAACCUUCCGUGAGGCCGCUCGGUAUAUGCCGCUAGUUCCAACCGAACGAACCUUGUUUGACAGUGGCUUCCAGCGAGCAGAUGCGUAUGAUGGAUCUCAUCCUCUGGCUUUGCCCAAGCUGAAUCUGCAGUACCUAUCCGUCGGAGAUUUCCUCUGGAGGGCAAUGAUUUUAUACCGUUGCGAAGCCUUCUACGGCAUUCGAAAGGAUGUGGAAACAGCCUUGCGUCGUCUCCGGCCAGAGUCCAAGCAGCCUGGCGUGGUAAACUUUGCAGGAUACUCGAAAAUGGCCAUGCCAAUUUCGAAACCGUCAGUUCUCGAAGUUAUACCCCCGCUAGUGGGCGAAGAACUUCCGUCACUGGUGAAAGCUGAAAUCUCGUUUGAUGUUCGACGCCUGGGACACAAUGUUCGACGGGAAUGGAACAGUCUCCGUCCCGACGAUGUCGUAUUUCUCUUGGCUGUUGGAGCACCACCUUCGCAAGCAGCCGUCAACGGCGACGAUAUUCGGUCUGAGCAUGAGAAGCUCGGCAUUAUAUCAGUACGGUCCGCCGAGAUAAUUAGCAUCACAGACGAAAAGGGGCGUCCUGUCAGGGAUGGCUCCAUGAAUCUCGACAACAAGCGCAGGAUGCAUCUGAGACUGGACCCAUACAUGUACUCUAGAGAUUCAGAACGCGCAUCAGGGGGCAAACCUGAUGUCUACGGCCAAGUCAACUUGCUUUUAAGACGGGGACGAAGGGAAAACAACUUCAAGCCUGUUCUGGAGUCCAUUCGCAAGCUCGUCUUGUCGGAAAUGCCUCUUCCGCCCUGGCUGUAUGAAGUCUUCCUGGGAUACGGCGACCCAGCGGGUGCAAAUUACAAGAACAUGUCCAGCCGAAACAAGAAGCUUGACUACAGGGACACCUUUCUUGACUGGCAACAUCUAGUUGAAAGCUUGCCGGGCAAAACCGUCGAGCCUGGGGGCGAUGUCACAGGCAGCUUUGGCCCUCCAUAUGUUCUAGAGGAAGCCGACAAGGUUGAAGCGGCUAACGGAGCUCGACCAUCGAAGAAGCGCCGGCGCGACGCAGACCCGACGAAGCAAUCCGAGGUCGACAUCCUUCGGGUAUCGACAUAUAAGCCCCCAAACAAUGGGCCAUACCCUGUGGAUGCGCCCAAGUUGAAUUCCGUCCGAUUCACGCCCGCUCAGAUCGAGGCCAUCAUGUCGGGAUCGCAGCCUGGAUUAACGGUGAUUGUGGGCCCCCCGGGAACAGGAAAGACAGACGUGGCUACUCAAAUCAUCAACAACAUCUAUCACAACUUCCCACAGGAGAGGACGUUGCUUGUUGCGCACAGCAACCAGGCACUCAACCAAUUAUUUGCCAAGAUUGUCGCACUGGAUAUUGACGAGAGACACCUGCUCCGUCUGGGACAUGGAGAGGAAGACUUGGACACGGCGGGAAGCUUCAGCAAACACGGUCGUGUUGAAUCAUUCCUUGACAACAGGCAGACACUUCUACAAGAAGUCAGAAAACUCGCGUCAAGCCUUGGGGCGCCAGGAGCGCAUGAUAACUCGGCAGAGACUGCUGGGUACUUCAACAAGGUCUACGUUGAACCCGCGUGGAAAAGAUUCCAGCGCGCUGCAACCUCGGGCGAGACGUCCGUCGCGGACCUUGUAGAGGCCUUCCCGUUCCAUGCCUACUUUGCUGACGCGCCUCAACCAUUGUUCCCAGAGGAUGCCGAUCGUGCGACGACGCUGGAAAUCGCCACUGGUUGCUACCGGCAUAUCAUCAAGAUAUUUUCAGAGCUGGCCGACAUUGUUCCAUUUGAAAUCCUCCGCCGUGACCGAGAGAAGGCCAACUACUUGCUGACCAACGAGGCUAGAAUCAUAGCCAUGACGACUACUCAUGCCGCCAUUCGACGAGGCGAGAUUGCCUCACUCGGCUUCCACUAUGACAAUGUGGUCAUGGAAGAGGCGGCCCAAAUCACCGAAAUUGAAACAUUCAUGCCCCUUGCCAUGCAAAAGCCGACGAAUAACCAAAUGCCACUGAAGAGGGUCGUCUUGUGCGGCGAUCACCUCCAGAACUCGCCGGUCAUUCAGAGCUUGGCAUUCCGCCACUACGCCAACCUGGAACAGUCGCUAUUCUCCCGUCUGGUCCGGCUGGGAGUCCCAACCGUCCACCUUGAUCAGCAGGGACGUGCUCGGCCCUCGAUGGCAAGACUUUACCAGUGGAGGUACCCCAAGCUGGACAACCUGCCACACGUGCAGAACCAAGGCGAAUUUCUCCGAGGCAAUGCCGGCUUCAAGUUUGAUUACCAGUUCAUCAACGUACCCGACUACAAGGGCCGUGGGGAGUCGGAGCCGACACCGCAUUUCAUUCAGAAUCUGGGCGAGGCAGAGUAUGCCGUGGCCAUAUACCAGUACAUGCGGCUGCUGGGGUAUCCGGCGGAGAAGAUCAGCAUCCUGACAACCUACGCGGGGCAACGAGCUCUGGUCAAAGACGUGCUUGCUCACAGAUGUGCCAAGAGGCCCAUUUUCGGACUUCCCAAGGCGGUUGCCACGGUGGACAAGUACCAAGGCGAACAGAAUGAUUACAUCAUCUUGUCCCUGACUAGAACGUCGCGGGUGGGUUACUUGCGCGACGUCCGGCGCAUGACGGUUGCGGUAUCUCGAGCCAGGCUCGGAUUGUACAUUCUUGGUCGCCGGGAGGUGUUUGAGGCGUGCCCGGAGCUCCGACCCGCAUUCGACCUCGUGCUGGGGCGGCCGGACAAGCUGAUGCUUGUGACAGGAGAGAUGUGGCCGACGGAGAGAGCCAACUUGGAGGAUGGUUCGAGUGUGGAGGGAGAAGUGGCGAUGGAAAACGUGGAGCACCUGGGACAAUACGUGUUUGAGAUGACCAAUACGAGACUUGAACGAUUACAAGCGCAGGGCGUCUCGGCGGAAUCUGCCACGACUGGGCCAGGAAGCAUAGCCGAAGAGGAAGAGGAAGAGGAAGAGGGAGAGGGAGAGGGAGAGGGAGAUGGAGGAGCACAGGCUCCGUACUACGACGAAGACGAGAAGGAAGCGGAGCCAGAUAUUCUGGAGGUCCGCGAAGGAGAAAACAAGAAGUAG